GCUCUAAAGUGUAGUUCACCAGAAAAAUGCCGACAAAGGGCAAGACAAAUUUCACUCGCACUCUCAGUCACGCACUCGACGCUGUUUUGGUCGGUGAGUUUUAGUAGAGUGACGGCGUGAUAUACACUCAUCUCAUUCUCUGCCUCUCCCCGACACAGACAGCUUUAAAGUUCCGCUAUCAACGCUGUUUUAAUUCCACGUGUGACUGUUUUUUGAAAAUUUUAAGCCCAAGGACUUGCCAUCGGUUCGAGUAAAAAUUUCAUAGAGUGAGGUGUGAGUGCAAGAGUGAGAGAGAGAUGGUUUUUAGUCGUGAGAUUUUGAAUUUCUUGGUGAGGAAAGAUGCGAGAAAGAUACUUAAACGCAAAGACAGUGAUGCAGGAGAAAGAGGAAGAGCAUUGGAAGAAUUGCGUGCCUCUUUGUUCAACAAAUUUCGUUCCUAUGAAAGUGCAAAGCGACAUGAGCAACGUUUAUGCCAUCCUGCUGUUGCUCUUUCUUUCAAUUUCGUCGUUGCUAUUAGCAUUAUUUUCAUGAACAAAUGGGUGCUUCAAGGAGUUGGAUUCCACUUCCCCAUAUGCCUCAGUUUUAUUCACUACUCAAUAAGCUGGGCUCUGAUGGCCAUUUUAAAAGCCCUUUCUAUUCUUCCUGCAUCCCCUCCUUCAAAAUCGAGUCAUUUAUCCUUGUUUACUCUUGGCUUUGUUAUGUCUCUGUCUACUGGCCUAGCUAAUGUCAGCUUAAAGUACAACAGUGUGGGUUUCUACCAGAUGGCUAAGAUUGCUGUUACGCCCUCAAUUGUUUUGCUGGAAUUUAUAUGGUUUAGAAAGCGUGUUUCUUUCUCCAAGGUGGUAGCACUUACAGUUGUGUCAGUUGGUGUUGCGGUGGCUACAGUAACUGAUUUGCAAUUCAGCCUUUUUGGUGCAUGUGUAGCAUUGGCGUGGAUAAUUCCCAGUGCAAUAAACAAGAUCCUUUGGUCCACUCUGCAACAGCGAGAGAACUGGACAGCGCUGGCGUUAAUGUGGAAGACAACCCCAAUUACUUUGGUUUUUCUGGCUUCUUUGAUUCCUUUCUUGGAUCCUCCAGGUGUGUUCACCUAUCAUUGGAAUGCCAUCAACACAUUGCUAAUUCUUGGAUCAGCUUUUCUAGGCUUCUUGCUUCAGUGGUCAGGCGCCUUAGCACUUGGGUCACAAAAAUAUGCAAAAAGAAUUCUAUUCCUCUGUUCUGAAAAGAUUGUUGUCGUUAAGAUGAGAGAAAAUCCGUCACUGGAAAAGGGCAACAUCAGCCAUUUCACAUGUUGUUCUUGGUCAAUUCAAAACAUGUGUUGUGCUUCUUGGAAAUUUUUAUCUCUUUGGCUCCAAUCCAGGAGUGACCAGCAUAUGUGGUGCGUUCACAGCUAUUGCUGGAAUGUCUUCUUAUACGUACCUCAAUUUGUGCGGCAUGAAAUCACAGGCAGGGAAAACAUCUCCGCAUAAAACACCCGCAGCAAAAUCAAGGUUGAGUAGAGAAAAUGGAGAUAGUCAUGAUGGAUACGGUGGGGAAUCUGUGUAGUUAUCUUUGUCAAAACAGUUAAUGUUUUUUUUGUAAAACUAGGUAUUGUUUCAUCAAUAUAUAUUUUUUGGCUUACAAGUGGAUCGGAUGUUUAAUUUUACGCUAAGGGCGUUAUCCAUUCCUAUGUCCAUAGAGCAGUUGUAGGAGUAUCCACUUACUGAAGCUCUGAAGCAAAGUCCAUGUUAAUUCUGUAGACACUGACCAGUGCUUUGUUACUCUCUUGAAUGUGGGUCAACAGUGUAGAUAUAGACGAGUCGACGAGGCAACAAAGGUGCAUUAUUUAUUGUU